UUUAGCACAGACGUGUUGUCUAGGCACUUCCGAUAUAAGACCAUAUAGUGUAUCUAGCUCUUUUUUCUUAUUUCAUUUGAUUUUGUUUCUUCGCAGUACAAAGAACAGUAUACUGACCGGGUUAAGCCUUCUGACUGGCCUAUGUGUAAGAACCAACGGUGUGUGUGUACGUGUGUGUGGCCCUCUCUUCUAUACUGGCAACUGUACAAGACGCUGAGCAAGUGGCAUACGCUACGUUCGCGGUACUUGUCAUUCUCUAUAUGCUGUGCAAACGUUUAACAUUCGGCUAGCGUCGUCUUGACCACUGGGCUUCUGUGGUGUUCCAUCUAUAAGGUGCGAAAGAGUGAGCGUGGGCUUUUGGCCUAGAAAAAGAGAAUUGGCUCAAAACUACAAAGAACUAUUGAAGGCCGGUGCUUCUAGGCCGACUGCACAAAGUGACUGAAUAUAGCUCGCAAGCCUCCCUUUUACUCUUUCUAGGCGAUUUAUGUCGCCCAUAGCCCUUUUUAAUAAAUUGAUCGGUAUUUCUAUCUCGUUUUUUUUUGCUUCUUCUUCCCGGCGUUCUCAAUCUUCUAUUAAAGCGCCUCCCAUUCGAUUAAGGCUUGUACGUGCCUCGAGGAUGAAGCUCGACCAGCUUCUGGACUUGGUCUACGUUCAACUUGAGAGCCCGAUAACUUGGCCGGAAGAGAAAGUACAUCGUUGCAGUCUGGUAGUAAGGAAAUAGGAACUAUCUGUCCACGUCUGACAUGUCCGACAAGCUUGCUGCGCAAAACGGUUUUUAAAGAAAAACCCGUCGAAACGAACUAUCGACUGCCCAAUAGUAAACUGUGGCCCCGUUUGUUUAUAAACUAGACAAACAACAGUGUUGUGUUUCAAACGGGACACACCAACUGCGACCCAUGGUGCAAAGUGCCCAUUAUGUCCUGUAGAAGAAAACUGCGAACAUCAAACGCGGACAUACCAAGGCUCUCCACUUCUACGCCUCGUUCUAUAGCCACGCUCUUCGCAUCUUUCGCUCUCUGCCCGCCUCUUCUUUACUCCGUUGGCUCUGUCGCCUGAAAAUGGAGUGGUUCGGAUUAGUCUUUUUCCUGUACUCGGCUUCCGGACAUCUCAGCCUGGUCUCGUCCGCCAGCAACUCACUUUAUGGCUCGAGUGAUUUAAUUCCAGUAAAAGGGAGAGGUCCAAACCCUGCCCAAGAGCAUGAAGGUCCGCAACCUUAUUUCGACGUUGAUUUUCAGCGUAACGUAACCGCCAUUUCAACUCAGACAGCAUUUCUUCAUUGCAGAGUCAAGGACUUGGGAGGGAAAGCCGUAUCUUGGAUAAGACAGCGAGAAUUAAAUGGAAUCAUUCGCCCCGUGAUAUUGACAACAGGCUUAUUUACUUACACUUCCGAUCAACGAUUCAGUGUGUUACAGCGUGCUGUGUCUGAGUAUUCACCAACGGAUGAGACCUUGACAGAGUGGGUGUUGCAGAUUAAGUUCGUGCAGCCCCGAGACUCUGGAAUCUACGAAUGCCAAGUCAGCACCGAACCUCGUAUAUCGGAAAAUUUCUACUUGAAUGUCGUUGAAUCGAAGGCAAAAAUGAUUGGUUCCUCGGACAUGUACGUUAAGCAAGGCAGCACACUUAGCCUAACCUGCCUUGUUACCCAAGCGAUCGAACACGCAACAAUUUUUUGGUAUCACGAUCUAAGUGUUAUCGAUGACAGUCAAGUGGUUGUUCGAAUAGACCAACACUUUGACUCCUCCAUAUCCACGCUUACCAGUCGUUUGCGUAUAAGCAACUUACAGCCGAUUCAUUCUGGAAACUACACUUGCUUAACAACCGCUGCUGAUCCGGCAUCGACUAUGGUUCAUGUCAUAAACGGUGAACAUCCAGCUGCCAUGCAACAUGGCAAUACAGGAAUAUCAUUAUUGCUUCAGGAUUCAAGUUGCUGGAUACCAAUAGUUUCACGGAUAUUCAUUGAACUAUUUGUGUCUGUUUUAUCGUACAAUUAUUAUAGAUAAUACGAUCUUUCUCUGAUUUGGAAAAAAUGUUAAAUAUCUCGUUUUCUGUAUAAUUAAUUUGAGCUGCCUCCAUA